GCCACUUAUGCAUCUAGCCUGUACCGUAAUUGUUGAAAGAAGAAGAACUUUAAGUAAAAUUAGAAGUCGGCUGUUCGUUGUUUUAUAGAAAGAGCUGUGAGCUUUUCCGCAUAAUGGAUUCAGUAAUAAGGAUUAUUCAAGGGGAUACUAAAUGGGACAUACGCCAUCAAAUAUGGAACUACAUCGAAGUGAAAAACCUGGCCAGUUUCCCUCGACCUGUGCAGAACAGAAUUCCCAAUUUCAAGGGUGCACUGGAGGCAUGUGCCAAAGUGCAACUCUUAGAGGUCUUUACCAAUGCUGCUGUGGUCAAGGUAGCUCCAGAUAAACCAUUAGAGGGAGUUCGACUAGCUUCUUUGCAGGCAAAAAAAACAUUGCUUGUUCCAACACCUCGUCUAAGAACUGGGCUGUUUAACAGGAUCAUUCCACCAAACAGUGCAACCAAAAAUGAACUGCGUAUUUGUUCUAGAUCUCAGCAUAUUAAAGAGUUGAGUAUUCCAGUCGGUUUAGAAGACAAAGUUCAGGUGGAUCUUGUUGUAGUUGGAUCAGUGGCUGUAUCUGAAAAAGGCUACAGAAUUGGAAAAGGUGAAGGCUUUGCAGACAUGGAAUAUGCUAUGAUGGCAUGCAUGGGAGCUGUGUGUGAUUCCACUGUGGUUGUCACUAUUGUUCAUGAUUGCCAGGUUGUGGACAUUCCAAAGGAACUAAUUGAAAGCCAUGACCUCACAGUUGACUUUAUUCUAACUCCAACAAGAAUCAUUAAAACUGAAUGUAGACACCCAAAACCACAAGGCAUCAUUUGGUCAAAGUUACACAGAGAAAAACUGAAGAAAAUACCCAUUCUGAAGAAACUGAAAGAACUGGAGCAGCAAGUUGGGAAAUAUGCAUCUUUAAAGACCACGCUUGCUAAAGACGAUGAAACUAAGAAAUCCUAAGAGCUAUGUGCUUUAUUGUCAACCCAAAUCAACCCAAAGGGCUCAGAGAGAUGGAAGAGAAUAUGCUGGCAGUGGACAAAGCAAAAGAGCAAUCCUGCUGAUGAAACCGUUACAGAGCACACUCAUCUUUUCAGAGGUUUUUCAUUAAUGGCCACAUCCUAUAUGCUGUGAAAAGGAACCAAACACCCUGGGAGGAUACCAAAAAGGGUGGUGGUAAUAGAUUAUUUUUUGGAGGAUAGUUGUAAUCAAGAGUUCUGAUCUGUACACUUUUCUAAACAAAAUUCAAAUAAAUGUACUGUGUGUGUGCCACUGGUUAAUGUUUACACAAAGAACUUAUAAUAUAAGAUGGGAAAAUGUGUCAUAAAAUGUGAGUUUUGCUGUGGCUUGAGCAAAAUAGUGUUUUUAAAAUGUCUAUUAUGUAUUUCUUGUUUAGAUUUCUUGUUAACAGUGUUAGGUAAAUGAGUACAUUUUAUGAUACAAGCUAUUCUAUAAAUAUACUUCUGUGCUUGUACACUGUAAUUGUGUUGAUAGAUUUGUGAACAUUAUUAUUAUUAAAUUUA